AGCCUAUGACAAAAAGAGAGAGAAUAUGACGCCAACCUGUAAGGCUAGUACUUUUUGUUAAUUAUUUAGCUCAUAAUUAACCUGAACCUUUUACGCGCACCUUUCCAGUGGAUGCAUGUUGCCAAAAGCUCAUGUAGCCUAUUUGUGCGCAUUCAGGAGGCAAUGAGUUGUAACUUGACAGCAUGAAAACACAAGUGCUCGGAUAAGGAAAGUUAUUGUAUCUGCACUUAUUUGGCGAAGUUGCUUUUUACGCACCGGAAAGCAUGAUGCGCUCUACAUAUAUGAAGAUUUUCUAGGCCUGCCCUCUUCUUUCUGACAGUAAUUUUGGAUCAAAGGUGCAUGGCUUUUUAAUGAGACAAUCUGCUAUGAAUAAACGCCUUUUAUAACAGUAAGCAAAUUUUUUUUGGGCGAAACAUGAUCCAAUUUUGGUGAUUUUCUUGCUGUCCCCAUGCGUCUUUCUCCUUCUCCAGACCUCUGGACGUUGUUGUGGAUUGUGUUGCUAUUUAAUGCAAUGGGCUGUAUCCAGAGUAUCAGGUGUAAGCCCAAGAGUUUCCGAGACAGUAUCAUCGUCCUGGAGGUGAACACUUCCAUCGACUCCAACCCCACCAGCAUCGACGAGUCAUCCAGCGUGGUCCUGCGCUACAGGACACCGCACUUCCGAGCUUUUGCCCGUGUCCUGGUGCCACCAGUAGCCGGAAGAGAGACAUGGACCAUCGGCUGGAUUCAAGCUUGUAACCACAUGGAAUUUUACAACACGUAUGGAAACAAAGGGAUGUCAAGCUGGGAACUGCCGGACCUGCGUGAUGGCAAGAUCCAGGCCAUCAGCGACUCAGAUGGUGUCAACUACCCUUGGUAUGGCAAUACCACGGAGACCUGCACCAUCGUAGGCCCCACCAGGAAGGACAGCAAGUUCAACGUUAGUAUGAAUGACAAUUUCUACCCCAGUGUGACCUGGGGUGUGCCGGUCAGCGACAGCAAUGUGCCUCAGCUUAGCAGCAUCCACCGAGACCAGAGCUUUACAACCUGGCUGGUGGCCAUCAACCAGGCCACCUCAGAGACACUUGUCCUGCAGACAGUCCGCUGGAGGAUGCGACUUCACAUCCAAGUGGACCCAGAGAGGCCUUUGGGCCAAAGGGCUGUUCUAAAGGAGCCCUUCGCCCAGGAACAGCCUCAGAUCCUGGGCAAGAAUGAGCCCAUCCCCUCUAAUGCCAUGGUCAAGCCCAAUGCCAAUGACGCCCAGGUGCUGAUGUGGCGGCCAAAGAAUGGUGACCCUGUGGUGGUCAUCCCCCCCAAAUACUGACCUGUUUCACUGACCAGACUGGCCUUGGAUACCUGAACAGUAUCAUCUUUUUUUUUUACCCUUCUUUUAUACCUGCUAUUCACCAGCUCUCACUGCUUUAACCCUUCUUUGAUAUUUAUUUUCUUCUUUUUUGCCUCUUUAUUCUUUCCUCUUAUGUUUAAAAAACAGGAAAAAAAAACAGGCAGAGACAAAUGAAAGCAGGACGAAACCAGCUCUGAAAAAAGACCAGUUGUUGCUUUGAGGUGGGGCUACUUUCAAAACUGGAGUGAAAAAAACUGCAACCAUUCUACCUUCAAACUGGAUCGGGCCUCACUGUGCUAAAAUGAAGUCACUGCAAAAAUGAAAACAAGAGGAUUUCUUGUUUUUUUAUUUUAAUUUUGUAUUUUGGCUGUUUGGGCCAAGUGAUAUGGAGUUUGUGAGUGUGGUAUUGAAGUAUUUACAUGACCAUGUCUGCGUACAUGCUACAUACAUGGAUAUGCACAGACUUUGUGUAUGAAUACCAGUUGUGUUUUUAUUUAUGGGCUGGGAGAGAGUGCAUUUAAAUGUGUUUGUUGUUGUGUCUUUCACAUGACGAAUUGCAUUGGGUGACAUAGAUUUUAGUACUUUUUUAAUAACAUGCAAGACAUUCAAUCCAUGCUGCCUUAAGUUUACAUUGCUUUCCACUGCAAACGUUUUAGCCUUAAACUAAGUGCAAUGCAGUAUUAUGCUCAUUUGUCCCAUCUCUUCCAGACUGUUGGUGCUGGCAUGUGUGGGUUUAGGACAGGAACAAUACCACAGAAGAAGACCAGGGUCAGAAAUCCUGGAUUUUGUAUCGAGUUGAAUUUAGUUGACUAUUAUAUUGACUCACAAGUACAACUGGCAUUAUGUGUAGACACAGUUACACAAUCAGUCU